AGGUGCUGUAGAUCGAUGUGAUUCCACCAAAGUUACUUUCAUGUGGUGUGUGUGGGGACUUUCACUCGUCAACUCCUCAUCGUUGCAACCACCUACAACAUCACCAUCGACAUAGAAUUUUAGAACCAUGCCCCGCGCUAUCAUAUCCCCCUCAGUCCUGGCCUCCGACUUCGGACAGCUCACUGCAGAAUGCAAGAGGAUGAUGAAAGGCGGAGCGGAAUGGCUGCACAUGGACGUCAUGGACGGCCACUUCGUGCCCAAUAUCUCAAUGGGCGCACCAGUUCUGUCGUGCGUCUAUAAAGGCGUCCCGGACAUAUUCAUGGAUUGCCAUAUGAUGGUUGCGGAGCCCGAGAAAUGGGUGAACGACAUCGCGGACGCAGGUGGCUCGCUGUAUUGUUUCCACAUCGAAGCAACGUCCGAUGCUGUUUCGCUUAUCAAUGCCAUACAUGCACGGAACAUGAAAGCCGGAGUGGCCAUUUCUCCGGACACGCCGUCCACAGCCAUCACAGACGAGAUAGGCGCAGUAGCGGACAUGCUCUUGGUCAUGACCGUUUACCCCGGACGCGGCGGCCAAAAAUUCCUCGAUCGGUGCGUUCCAAAGGUCACGGAACUGCGCGCACGGUUCCCGGAAAAAGACAUCGAGGUCGAUGGUGGUGUUGGACCUAAGACGAUCGAUGUUUGUGCCGAUGCAGGAAGCAACGUCAUCGUGGCAGGAACUGCCAUUUUUGGUGCCCCAAACCCAGAGGACGUCAUUGCUUCGCUGAGAGCUACCGUUACUACUGCUCAAGCGAGGUUCUCCAAGUAGAUGACAAACUGCUCAUCGCACAAUAUGUAUUGAGUAAUUAGAUUUCACCAUGCGUUCAUGUCCCUUGAAGGUAGCACAAGUUAUGUUAUAUUAAAGUAGACUACGAUUGGUCGAGCAGGGCACUAUGGCCUGAACCAGAAGGGCAGUAAGCA